GCGCCCUUUGCGUCGGAGCCCCGGCAGGAGGCGCUUCCGGCCAUUCAUACUUCCCGGCUUUCGGCGCUCCGUUGUCGGGGUCUCUGCACUCUCGGACCGAAAGGGCGACUGCACCGCUAGGAUGAAGCUCGUGAGAUUUUUGAUGAAAUUGAGUCACGAAACUGUAACCAUUGAAUUAAAGAAUGGAACACAGGUCCAUGGAACAAUCACAGGUGUAGAUGUCAGCAUGAAUACACAUCUUAAAGCUGUGAAAAUGACCCUGAAGAACAGAGAACCUGUACAGCUGGAAACACUGAGUAUUCGAGGAAAUAACAUUCGCUAUUUUAUUCUGCCAGACAGCUUACCUCUGGAUACACUACUCGUGGAUGUUGAACCAAAGGUGAAAUCUAAGAAAAGAGAAGCUGUUGCAGGAAGAGGCCGAGGCCGAGGCAGAGGAAGAGGACGCGGCCGAGGCAGAGGAAGAGGGGGUCCUCGGCGAUAAUGUCUCUCAAGAUUACUGUUUCAAAGUGAUGUGUGAUUUGGGAUCUUUUUUGUACAGGUUUUGUUCGUUUUAUGUCAGUUUUUAAUAAACAUAAGUGUUUGACAGUU